AUGCGCUUGUCGCUGACGGCUCUGAGCAGUCCUUUGACUGAACGAGAAGCUCCGGGUGGCAGCAAGGAGCGCUUCCACUGGCAGAGCCACAAUGUCAAGCAGAGCUGUUUGGACGACAUGGUCCUGCUCUCCAAGAUCUCCGAGGAGGCCAUCGUGGAGAACCUCAAGAAGCGUUUCAUGGACGAUUACAUCUUUACCUACAUCGGGCCGGUGCUCAUCUCCGUCAACCCCUUCAAGCAGAUGCCGUACUUCACCGACCUGGAGAUCGAGCUGUACCAGGGAGCGGCUCAGUAUGAAAAUCCCCCCCAUAUCUACGCCCUGAGCGACAACAUGUACCGCAACAUGCUGAUCGACGGGGAGAACCAGUGCGUCAUCAUCAGCGACAACAUGUACCGCAACAUGCUGAUCGACGGGGAGAACCAGUGCGUCAUCAUCAGGUGCGGGGGCAAGUACUUCGAGAUCCAGUUCAGCCGGGGCGGCGAACCCGACGGGGGAAAGAUCUCCAACUUUCUGCUGGAGAAGUCGCGGGUGGUGAGCCAGAACGAGUGCGAGAGGAAUUUCCACAUCUACUACCAGCUCAUCGAAGGGGCGUCCCAAGAGCAGCGGCAGAACCUGGGGAUCAUGAGCCCGGAUUAUUACUACUACCUGAACCAGUCGGACACGUACCGGGUGGAGGGCACGGACGACCGCAGCGACUUCCAUGAGACCAUGAACGCCAUGCAGGUCAUCGGCAUCCGCGGCGAGGACCAGCAGCUGCUGGUGCUGCAGAUCGUGGCGGGGAUCCUGCACCUGGGAAACAUCAGCUUUCGGGAGGAAGGCAACUACGCUUGGGUGGAGAAUUCCGACUCCCUGGCCUUCCCUGCCUACCUGCUGGGGCUGACCCUGAAGUCAGAGCAGGAGGAAUACGUGCAGGAGGGGAUCAAGUGGACGCAGAUCCAGUACUUCAACAACAAGGUGGUGUGCGACCUGAUAGAGAACAAGCUGGUGAGUGGGGUCCCCUCCUCCGGCGGAGGGUCUCUCGCGGAGCCAAGUGGUUUCAUCCGGAUGCUUUUCCCAGAAAAGCUGGAUUCUGACAAAAAGGGACGACCGACCACUGCGGGCUCCAAAAUCAAGAAACAGGCUAACGACCUGGUGAACACGCUAAUGAAGUGCACGCCACACUACAUCCGCUGCAUCAAACCCAACGAGACCAAGAAACCCCGGGACUGGGAGGAGAGCAGCACCCCAUGUCCCUCCCAGCUCUUCCUCCUCGAAGAGAUGCGGGAGCGGAAAUUCGACGGCUUCGCUCGGGUGAUCCAGAAGGCCUGGCGCCGGCACGUCGCCAUCCGGAAGUACGAGCAGAUGCGAGAGGAGGGUAAGGCCAGGCAAGGACAGGGACACCGGCACCAGGGCGGUGUCCUUUGCUGGGGACAGCCCAGCUGCCAGAGUGGCAGGAGAGCGGCAGCCUGGCCCCUAAUUGUGGCGCUGACGAGGAGCGGGGUGAGGAGGGACCAGAUCCCCAUCAAGCGGGACUUCAUCCUCACCCCGAAGUAUUUCUACCUGAUCGGGCGGGAGAAGGUGAAGAAAGGUCCCGAGAAGGGGCAGAUCAAGGAGGUGCUCAAGAAGAAGGUGGAGCUCCAGGCGGUGAGCGGCGUCUCGCUGAGCACCAGGCAGGAUGAUUUCUUCAUCCUCCAUGAGAACGAUGCCGACAAUUUCUUGGAGUCCAUCUUCAAGACGGAGCUGAUCAGCCUGCUGUGCAAGCGCUACGAGGAGCUCACCCGCACCAAGCUGCGCCUCUCCUUCAAGGACACACUACAGUUUCGGGUGAAGAAGGAGGGCUGGGGCGGUGGCGGCACCCGCAACGUCACCUUCGUCAGAGGACAGGGCGACGUGGCCGCCCUCAAAGCCGGAGGCAAAACCCUUACGG